GUGCUAUCCAACCUGGAUGACGCGGGGGUGUUAAUCAACUACUGUCAACAACUGUUAUUAUAGGUCCUUGCAAUAGGAGAAGACGGUGGAUUCCCCUUCGUGGUCGAGACUGGUCGAUUUCCUUAUUUGGUCGAGGGUAGGGUUCGUUAACCCCAACCCAUACUCGGCAUAACCCGAGUCCUUGUCAGUGGUCAGACCCCAGCUCCUCGCUGUAGCACAGUGAACACCCUGCUAUCUACACCUUAUCACUCUUUGCAGUAGCCGAGCAUAUGAACAAGGACGUGAAGGCAUGCUUUGAGUCGAGUGAAAUCUUGAUCGUUGCUCCCGGGUUGCAAGCUGCAAGACGCGCUGCAUACGCUGGGAGGGUUUGGAAUUCCUUCAGCUGAUUCUCGACGUGAUUGCCAAUAAUCUGCCGCUUUGCUCGAUAGGCUUGCUGAGGCUUAACACUGAUGUUAUGCCGUCGAAGGGUGUCCAUCACGGUUGACGUCUUGACUCGGCCAUCAACAGGCAUGAUCUUCUUCAACUCGGCAACAAGGAACUGAGUUCGACUUGUAGCUGCACGAGGCUUGAUAGCAUGUGUCUGACAAGUAUGAUUGGCUUCAAGAUUGCGUACACGGAAGACCCCGUCUUUGCCCCCAACCGACGCAUAGAAUCCACAGCUCUCCACCCUGCACUUCACAAUCAGCCGACUCUUAUCACUCUUGCUAACGCAGUGGGUUGCUGCCUGGCUGUUGGAGAAGCCUGUGAGAGCAUUUCGAGCAUCAUCAAGCGAGGCAAAUUCUUGCCCAAUGAAGAUAGUGUUGGCGAUGGCGAAUGAAGUGUAUGACACCGGACAUAAAGGGCAAUAUAGACAUCUGCACGACGCGCGAGGGCAUCCUGGAAGAUUUCUCGCCAGGCGACUCAGUGUCUCUUGCCAUCCGCCGGAAUGCUGUUAACUUCCAUCUCCCGGCCGACAUCAGUAACCCUAUCGUGAUAUUCUGUGCUGGGUCGGGCCUCGCACCGAUGCGUGGCUUUAUCCAGGAGCGCGCGGAACAGAUCAAGGCUGGCAAGAAGGUUGGCAAAGCGUUGUUGUUCUUCGGUUGCAGGGAUCCUGAAAGAGACUUCCUAUACUAUCAUGAUGAGCUCGCAGGGUAGAGUCAGCUUGGAGCCGUUGAGAUCAGGCCAGCAUUUUCCAGGCAUCCCGCGUUAUCCAAGGGGUGCAAGUAUGUGCAAGAACGGUGAGAACAUCCAGGAACUAUUGUUCAAUGAAGACGCGAGGUUUUACUGUUGUGGAGGAACAGCCAUGACGACUGCUGUCCGCCGCAAGUGCGUGGAGAUAAUAGCCGAGUCUGGUCCAUACGAUCUUGCGAGGAGUGAGGCCACGUUUGAAGACAUUGCCCUGCGGCGUUAUUCCAUGGAUGUCUUUGGCUGAAAUGGUCUAUGUCGUACUUCUUCGCAUUGUUUCUUUUGUCAUCUCACGGUAUCUUCACAUAGAGUUGAAUGCAGAUGACGAUAUUUU